GCGCUCGACGACCUCUUCGCGCCGACGGGCCACCUCAAGGCGGUGGCGCCUCGCCGCCGCGCCGCGCCUGCCGCCGACCUGUCGACGGUGCGGAGCGCGGCGGCAAAGACCCGCUGGGUGGGCGAGGGCACGCGCGAGGAGGGGCGGGUGGUGCACGAGGCGGCGGAGGUGGACGGCAAGCGGAUCAGCGUCGGCGGGUGGGCGUCGUUGCAGCCUUUCGCGGCCGACCACACGUCCAAGGACUUGCAGCUCGUCGAGGUGGAGGCGCUGUGGGCGGUGGGCGGCGCAAAGAUGUGCCGCGUCCGCCGGCUGUGGCGUCCGGCGGAGACCUUUGCCGGCGGGGUGCUCGACGGCGCGCUCAAGGAGGGGGUCCUGAUCCCCGACAGCUGCCCGCAGGAGCUGCCGCUCCACGAGCUCAAGGCGCCCGUGGACGGCGCCGCGUCGGGCCUGCACACGGGAGAGUGGCGGUACUCGCCCAAGUGGGCGUCCUACACCAAGCUUGCCCCGCCGCCCUCGCGCAAGCGCAGCGCGGCGCAGAGCGCGGCGAAGCGCGACCAGCCGGCGUCGGCGUCCGGCGAGGCGCUCAACGUGCUGGAGCUCUACUCGGCGAGCGGCGGCCUCUCCUUCGUGGAGGAGGCCGAGUGCGCCGGCGGUGCGCGCCUCAAGACGCGCUGGUGCUGCGAGUGGUCAAAGGAGGAGGUGGAGACGUACCGCGACAACCACCCCGACUGCAACGUCUUCCACCUCGACGUCGAGGUCUUCCUGCGCGUCUGCUCCAAGUGGGCCGCCAUGGCCGACGGCAGCUUCGCGCCCAAGAAGAAGGGCGGCAAGGCGGCCGCCGCCGCGAAGGGCGCGCAGGAGGUCGUCGACGUGCGCGGGGUGGACCACCGCAUCGAGUACCUCUGCCGCUCCCCGGGCGGCGCCGAGCGGUGGGUGCGCGACGAGGAGGUGGCGGACGCACUCGUCCAGGCGUACGUGCAGGCCAACCGCGGCGCGCUGCCGCUCCCCGAGAACGUGGACGUUGUCAUGGGCGGCCCUCCGUGCCAGGGCGUCUCUGGCUUCAACCUGUACCGCCACGAGGACCCGCUCGGCGACUCGAAGAACCGGCAGACGAUCCACUUCACCGAGAUGUGCCUGCUGCAGCAGCCGCGCUUCGUCAUCAUGGAGAACGUGGUGGGCAUCCUCAUGUUUGCCGACAGCCUCGUCAUCAAGACGUCGAUGCGCUCCUUCAUGCAGGGCGGCUAUCAGGUCCGCAUCGGCGUCUGCGUCUCGGGCACCUUUGGGCUGCCGCAGAACCGCGCGCGCACCAUCCUCUUUGCCGCGCGCGGCGAGGAGGCGCUGCCGGAGUACCCGGCGCCGACCCACCAGCUGCCGCCCGUCCCAAUCUCGAUGAUGACGACUUGGAUGAAGAAGCACCUGCUCAACGUGCCCUCUGCGGCGGAGUCGGCCACCCUGGCCAAGCCCCUCACUCUCGCGGACGCCUUCUCGGACCUGCCGUCGCUCAAGAGCCCUCCGGCCCGCGGCUUCGGCUCCAACAAGGACAACCCCAACCGCGCGCCCAAGGAGACCAAGGCGACGCCCUUCCGCGCCGCCACCUACGGCGGCAAGAGCAGCUCCGGCAAGCCGGUGCAGCCGCUUAGCGACUACCAGCGCGCCGCGCGCGAGCGCUGCACGGGCAAGGAGCUGCACGACCACGAGUCGUUCAUCCUCGCCGCCGUCGAGGCGCGGGCCGGAAGCAAGUGA